AUGAAACUGUUUGGCAGACUCUGCAAGAGCGGGAAACCAAUAGUGAGAACAGCUAAAGCGUGGGCGGAGCGUUUUUUCGGUGGGUUUAAAGAGUCUACCGGUACAGAGAUCUCUGAAACAGACAGGAAAGAAGUAUACAGUUGGAUCAAAAAUACCUUAACCAAAGACGGCAAAGUGGUGAAUAAAAAAAAGCAAAAGUACAACUUUACAAAGGAAGACUUUAUGAAAGUUGUCUCCUCGAUGUGGCGGGUUGAUCAUAAAAAGUUUAUUCCUAGAGGGCUCAAAGCUCUCAUACUAUUCGCACUUCAGUUGUAUCUCUUUACAGGAGCAAGAGUUGGAUCGUUCAUGCCUUCCGAUGAGAAUAAGCAAGAAAGAGGUCUUCGAUACGAGCAUAUUGAAUUGGUUCUUUUUCCAUCAACGACAGCCCUAUGGGAAACUGGAUGGAAAGUCAAUCAGAAGUGGCUUAAGAAUAACCGAGACUCCGAUUAUACAGUGUUUGGAAUCGGAAUCAGGGAUAGUAAACGACCACAAUUUGCCUCUGGUGACCUUCUGCUUGGCCUUGCAUUAGUAAGAGGUGCUCUCUUCGGGAUCGAGACCAAAGAGGACUUAGUAAAAUAUGAUCUGUCUAAUGGAGAAAUUCCACUACGAUGGAAAAAAAGCUUUAUGGAAAAGCCACUGUUCACGAAUGUGACGGCCAGUGGACCACAGGAUAUUCCUCUCACGAGCAAAGAUUUCUCUGCCUACCUACACCAAAUAUUUGAUGCUGCAGGGUAUAGUGAGCAUCCAACAAUACAUUGCUUACGACGAAACCUUGCCAAAGAAGUCGAAAAAAGUUAUGGCUCUGCGCCAGUCUCCCAAAUUCUAGCUCAGAAAGACCCAAACACGUUUCCAGAGCAUUACCAAGCACACUGCUCCUCUAUUGACACAGUCUCUGCUAUCUUGGAUGAGAAAGCACAAACAAAGCACAUCGCCUACUUUCAAGGGUAUAGCCAAUUUUGCGAACCCGGGAUGCCGGUCGAACUGCCUGCCCACAUAAAGGAAAGUAUAUUGAAGCUACCAGAGAUCACUGAGAUCCAAAACCGUGUUGAGCUCUUGGAAAAAGUCGGUGAUGAGGAGGGCCUCAUGGUUGGGAAGCUGCAAUAUAGAGAGGCACUGGUGCGCCAACGGCGAAUUGCGCUCAAAACCUAUCAAGACUCAUGGGUAAAGGCGAAAAGAGAUCAAGACAUCCUUAACCGUCGGAAGGGGGAACCUAUCGAAGUGAUGAAAGAUAUUUGCACACGUGCCCAAUACUUGAUAAUGCCGGAGCUUGCACGAAUCGCACACGCCAUGUCUGGUACCCCUGAACUGACCUUCGAAGAGAAGCUUCACUAUGUGGAAGAUAUCCAGACUCUAUGCUCUCGGAACGAAGAUGUAACAUAUCUUCCGAACGAACAGCCAAUUGAUGGUCAUUGCCCCGUGAAACGCUGCCAGCUUGGUAUUGAAAUCUUAUCAAAAUCGGCAAGAAGCGCCCAUAUUCACAAUUGCAUUCGGCAGGAAAAAGCUACUGAACUCAACGUACCUGAGUCGCGGCUACAUUUCUGUUACGAGUGUAUGGAAUGGUUUCUCUCACCCCAAUGGCGCGACCAUUGUGCUGUUCAUCUCGAGUCAUGGCGGACCCUGCACUGCGAAGCCAUCAGGUAUCGCCAUACCAUCAUCCGCCCCGCCUACUGCCCUUUCUGUUUGUGGGAUAUUAAUCAGCCGGCCGAAGAACGGCUGCAAUACUGGUCACGAAAUGGCCAUUUGAAGGAACAUAUUGAAAGCCAGCAUUUGCCUAAACUUCUCUGGCCAACGAUAGAGCCUGUUUGUGGAUGCUCUCAAACGUUUCAGAAUGAACGCGAAAUUCGACACCACUUGCACGAUACUCACGGGCUUAAGGAUGCAAUUUGGCGAAAUCCAAAGCCACCGCGAAAAAGAAAACGCGCCUGCGAUAAUGAAUCGCAAGACUUUCCUAUGUACACAAGAGAGGAGUGCCUUAAGAAAGCGCGCUUCUCCCAUUACAUCCCGCUGCGACAAGAAAACGGGCAUCAACUUUCAAACAAUGUUCUCGUUCCCGCCCUAUCGGUCAAUGGGUUUAUCAUGGAGAAUCCCGAAGAAUACCGUCAUUCAAGGAUCGACGAAACCUCGACCAGCAGAACCACCUCAGUGGCAUCUUGUUUCUCUCGAGAAACUUCGUCUCUCAGCUCACGAUCAGUCUCCCAGGGCCUCGAGGUUAUUGAUCCGAGAAUUCUCAGUGCACACAGUUUCAAUAAGAAUGAACCUCAGUCUUCCGAUCAGGUCACGGAAAAGCCACCGUCGCUUUCACUCUCUUAUUAUUUACAGCCGGCGUUGCCUCCUCAACCCACUAGCAGUAAGGAGGAUGAGGGCUGCGCUGAAAAUAGGAUUGGUGGUGAAGUCAGUGCUGCACAGGAGGAAUGCACAAUUCCCGCUCCUAUCGACCAUCAAGCUGAUAAGACGGCAGAGAGCGGGAAUAAGAAGGCCCUGGAAUCAAAGGAAUACGGCCCAGAUCGAAACUAUGAAGACCCCACUCAAGUUUCUAGAGGAAACGCAAGGUCGCUAUCGCAUCUCAUGCAGGAAUCGGGUUUCAACAACUUGCACCGAAGGCUCAAUGCUAGGGAUAGAAGAAAGUUGCUCGCGCUUAAGGGCGAGAAAAUGACUCUAAGACAGGUCGGACCUCAGUUCGCUCAUCUCGACACAGAUUUCUUGCGACAGGUCUGGGGGGAAUUGAAGCCAUUUGAAAGAUGCACUAGGUCACGAAGCAUUAGAAAGAGAUAAAUUUAGAAGCUUCUGCAAUGUGGGCCUUAACAUUUUUGCCAGCUUUCUGCUGCAGCUAGAGAACGAGC